AGAUCAGUCUCCCGUUGCGCCAUUUCGUUGCGGUAAAAGCCGCCAGAUGGCAGUUUAGGAUUGCUUCUCUGAGGAAAGGCGCGGUUCUGCUUCUGGUCUAAUUUACAAUAUCAAAACAUAAACUAUUUACUCAAUGAUUCGCGCCGAUUAUUACUGACGCGUGUCCCGGACAACCCCCUUUAAACGGGAGAGGUUAUGUAAUCUGAAGCAUUCGGGGCAUACGCCGAACAGUUGUUACUAGCAUCGAGUCAACCUGCUGUCUCAAACACAUUCACAUAUUUACUGGGUGAUACGUUUUUAAGAGUCCCCCUCUUUUGACAAGAGACCCAACAUGAUCAACUCAGACUUCACUGUGUUACAAGACUCGUCAAAUGACGGUCAGGGCGACACAGUGAGUCUGGCCAUGAGCAUCAGUGAAUUGGACGAUCCUGGGGAAGGAAAAGGCAAGAAGAAAAGAGGCAGGCCUGGAAAACAAGGGGCACCCAAUAAGAAAGCCAGAAGGUCUCCUGUUGAUAAAGGGGGACGGAAAGCGAAUGGAGUGGCCCAUCAGAAUGGAGAGGGGACGGACUCAGGCACUCUUUUUGAGGUGGUCAAACAAGGGAAAAGUGCCAUGCAGUGUGUCAUUGAUGACUGGAUUGAAUCUUAUAAACAAGAUAGAGAUGUGGCGCUUUUAGAUCUGAUCAACUUCUUCAUUCAUUGUGCUGGGUGUAAAGGCACUGUAAAAAUCGAAAUGUUCAGGAACAUGCAGAAUGCAGAAAUUAUCAGAAAAAUGACAGAGGAAUUUGAUGAGGACAGUGGCGAUUAUCCCCUGACAAUGGCAGGACCACAGUGGAAGAAAUUUCGCUACAACUUUUGCGAGUUCAUCAUGGUUCUGAUUCGUCAGUGUCAGUACAGCAUCAUCUAUGACGAGUAUAUGAUGGACACGGUCAUCUCUCUGCUCACCGGGCUCUCGGAUUCACAGGUCCGAGCCUUCAGACAUACCAGUACACUGGCAGCAAUGAAACUUAUGACAGCAUUAGUAAAUGUGGCUUUGAACCUGAGCAUCAACCAGGAUAACACACAGAGGCAGUAUGAGGCGGAGCGUAACAAGGUUGCUGGGAAACGAGCCAAUGAAAAGCUAGAGCUGCUGCUGGAGAAGAGAAAAGAGCUCCAAGAAAACCAAGAUGAGAUUGAGAACAUGAUGAACUCGAUCUUCAAGGGUAUUUUCGUUCACCGUUACAGGGAUGCCAUAGCAGAGAUCAGAGCGAUUUGCAUUGAGGAAAUUGGAGUUUGGAUGAAAUUAUACAGCGAUGCCUUUCUCAACGAUAGUUACUUGAAAUAUGUUGGCUGGACGCUACAUGACAGACAAGGUGAAGUUCGACUCAAAUGUUUGAAGGCCCUUCAGACUCUCUACACAAACAGAGAGCUUUUCCCCAAGCUUGAGCUCUUCACCAAUCGAUUUAAGGAUCGUAUUGUGUCCAUGACGCUGGAUAAAGAGUAUGAUGUGGCAGUAGAGGCCAUACGGCUUGUCACUUUGAUUCUGCAGGGUAGCGAGGAUGCGCUAUCAAACGAAGACUGCGAGAACGUCUACCAUCUAGUAUAUUCUGCCCAUCGCCCUGUUGCCGUGGCAGCCGGAGAGUUUCUCCACAGAAAGCUAUUCAGCAGGCACGACCCUCAAGCUGAGGAGGCUUUGGCAAAGAGACGAGGCAGAAACAGUCCAAACGGGAACCUGAUCAGAAUGCUAGUGUUGUUCUUCCUGGAGAGCGAGCUUCAUGAGCAUGCGGCGUAUCUGGUGGACAGCUUGUGGGACAGCUCGCAGGAUCUGCUGAAGGAUUGGGACUGCAUGGUAGAGCUCCUGUUAGAGGACCCUACGCCGGGAGAAGAAGUGAUGGGAGAUAGACAUGAGAGCGCACUGAUCGAGCUCUUGGUCUGCACCAUCAGACAAGCGGCUGAAGCUCAUCCACCUGUGGGCAGAGGAACGGGAAAGAGAGUCCUCACCGCCAAAGAAAAGAAGACUCAGAUAGAUGAUAAAAACAAACUGACGGAGCAGCUUAUUGUUGCUCUGCCCAUGCUGUUGUCAAAGUACCAGGCCGAUGCAGAAAAAGUGGCAAACCUCCUUCAGAUCCCUCAAUUCUUUGAUCUUGAGGUCUACAGUUCAGGACGAAUGGAAAAGCAUCUAGACGCCCUGCUGAAGCAGAUCCGAGUGGUUGUGGAUAAGCACGCUGAGAUCGAAGUGUUAGAGGCCUGUAGCAAGACUUAUAGCAUCCUGUGCAGCGAGGAGUACACCAUCAUGAACCGCGUGGACAUCGCUCGCAGCCAGCUUAUCGAUGAGCUCACAGACAAAUUCGCACACUCGGUUGAAGAUCUGCUGCAGGAGGGAGAUGAAGCAGAUGAUGAUGACAUUUACAAUGUUCUUUCAACUUUAAAGAAGCUUACUGCGUUCCACAAUGCACAUGACCUUACAAAGUGGGACCUUUUCAAAAACUGUUAUCGAUUGUUGAAGAUGGGAAUCGAACAAGGGUCCAUGCCAGAGCAGAUCGCUGUUCAGGCUCUGCAGUGCUCUCAUUACUCCAUCCUGUGGCAGCUGGUGAAAGUUACUGAGGGAUCACCAUCAAAGGACGAUCUUGUGGCAUUGAGGAGGGUGGUGAAAUCGUUUCUAGCUGUGUGCCAACAGUGUCUAUCUAAUGUCAACACUCCAGUAAAAGAACAGGCAUUCAUGCUGCUGUGUGACCUGCUGAUGAUCUUCAGUCAUCAGUUAAUCUCAGGCGGCCGAGAAGCUCUGCAGCCGCUGGUCUUCAAUCCAGAUGGCGCACUGCAGAACGAACUCCUCAAUUUUGUUCUGGAUCAUGUGUUUAUUGACCAGGAUGAUGAGAAUCAGAGCAUGGAGGGUGAUGAGGAGGACGAAGCCAAUAAGAUCGAGGCUCUUCACAAGAGGAGGAAUCUAUUGGCGGCCUUCUGCAAACUCAUCAUCUUCGACAUCGUGGACAUGCCAGCAGCUGCAGAUAUCUUCAAACAAUACAUGAAGUAUUACAAUGACUACGGAGACAUAAUCAAAGAAACGUUGAGUAAGGCCAGACAGAUGGACAAGAUUCAGUGUGCCAAGACCCUUGUCCUCAGCUUGCAACAGCUCUUCAAUGAGCUCGUCUUGGACCAAGGACCCAACCUGGACCGAACGUCUUCCCACGUCAGCGGCAUUAAGGAACUUGCCCGACGGUUUGCACUUACAUUCGGACUGGACCAGAUCAAAACCAGGGAGGCCGUGGCCACACUGCACAAAGAUGGAAUUGAAUUCGCCUUCAAGGUCCAAAAUCCAAAAGGACCGGACUACCCACCACCCAAUCUGGCCUUCCUGGAGGUUCUGUGUGAGUUCUCCUCCAAACUCCUACGACAGGACAAAAAGACUGUACAUUCCUACCUGGAGAAGUUUAUGACAGAGUAUAUGAUGGAGAGGAGAGAGGACAUUUGGUUGCCACUUAUCGCGUACAGGAACUCCCUGUUAACGGGUGGAGAUGAAGACCGACUGUCGGUCACAACAGGAAGCACCACUAGCAAAGCCAGCACAGUCCGCAGUAAAAGAGGCCGGCCAGCACAGCAGAAAAAACGCCCAGAUGAGGAGAGUGUGGACAGCUCGUGGAUGAUGCGCAAUGACACCCUCCAGACACCAGGUGGCCUCCACACCCCACAGCUCACAUCCACUGUCCUCAGAGAAAACCCCAGACAGGCAGCAGAACACAUCCCAGACCAGGACUCGUCGGAACCAGGCUCAGAACCAGACUACAUGCACAAUCCUCAGAUGCAGAUGUCGUGGUUGGAUCAACAGCAGAAGAUGGAUGAGGUAAACCGAAAAGAGAGAGGAGGGAUGAACUACAUGAAGGCACGCAGUGGUGGAAUGAGACAGCAGGUGCGAGGUCUCAUGGAAGAUGAUGCCGAACCCAUCUUUGAAGAUGUGAUGAUGUCCUCACGAGGUCAGCUGGAGGAUAUGAACGAGGAAUUCGAGGACACCAUGGUGAUAGAUCUGCCACCAUCAAGAAACAGGAGAGAAAGAGCAGAACUUAGACCAGACUUUUUUGACUCUACAGCCAUAAUGGAAGAUGAAUCCGGAUUUGGUAUGCAGAUGUUUUGAGAGCGAUUGCAGCCUAUAGAGGUGAUCACAACCAGCAACCAACAAGAAUUGCAUUAAAUGUUUAUUUUGUGUUUUAUUGACAGUUUCACAUAACUGUACAGAGGCAUGUGAGCUUCUUGUCUUAGUUUUGUGAAUAUGGUCAUAAUCCCAUCGUAUGCAUUUUUUCAGUUAAUAUAGAGGCUGUAAAAAUCGAAAUCUUAAAAGUGGUGUUUAAUACUUUUUGGCAGUAUUGGUUCCUCAUUAGCAGUUUAAUCAGAUUAACGUUUCAGGACUUUUUCAUCUAUUCAUCUUGUGGGUUUAUUCCCGAUUGACUCCUCAGGAAGACAAAAGUCAUAGAAAGGCCAUUUUCAUUUUCUCGUUCUCUGUUUCUUUAGGUUUGUCCACAUGGUUAGUUGGCCUUUAUGCACCUAACUAGUGAAAAAUAUUUGAUAUCUUUAAUGUGGUUUAAAUGUACUUUUGCAAAAAACUACUUGAUUUAUCAGAUUGAUAAAGCCCACUUUUGUUCGUAAUAACUCUAUAAUACUAAAAUUGAAAUAUAUACUGAUGUUUAUACAGGAAAUGAUUAUUUGAGACUUACACGGGAGUAUUCCUUACUUCGGUUACACUGGUCCUGUGUUUCGUUUAUUAACCUGUUUGUCGUUUACCUCUGUUUAUAGUCCGCUCAGUGGUUGUGUGUUCGUGGGAACGUAGCUUUCACACAAUACUGUAUUGCUGUGAAUGUCGUCGAUCAUUUAAUGGACUUCAAU